AGGGCUGGCGGCCCUAGAAGAAGCGGUCAUGUGACUGGGAAGAUGGCCGUCUUUCCCUGGCAUUCCAGGAACAGGAACUACAAAGCCGAAUUUGCGUCAUGCCGCCUGGAGGCAGUGCCUUUGGAGUUUGGGGACUAUCACCCUCUGAAACCCAUAACCGACAGCUCCAGAAAGAAACGUGAUAAAGAUGAGAACUCCAUUGUAGGAUCAGAUUUUGAGCCUUGGGCCAACAAACGGGGAGAAAUCCUUGCCCGGUACACGACUACAGAAAAGCUGUCUAUUAAUCUGUUUAUGGGAUCUGAAAAAGGCAGAGCCGGGACUGCCACAUCCGCAAUGUCAGAGAAGGUUCGGACCCGACUGGAGGAGCUGGAUGACCUGGAGGAGGGUUCCCAGAAGGAGCUGUUGAAUUUGACUCAGCAGGAUUACGUGAACCGCAUAGAGGAGCUCAACCAGUCGCUGAAGGAUGCUUGGGCCUCAGACCAGAAAGUGAAGGCUCUAAAAAUAGUCAUCCAGUGUUCAAAACUUCUUUCAGACACCAGCGUCAUUCAGUUCUACCCGAGCAAAUUUGUCCUUAUCACCGACAUACUUGAUACAUUUGGAAAGCUCGUGUAUGAGCGCAUCUUUUCCAUGUGUGUGGAUAACCGCAAUGUCUUACCAGAUCACUUUUCUCCAGAGAAUACAAAUGACACGGCCAAGGAAACAUGCCUAAAUUGGUUUUUCAAGAUUGCUUCCAUCAGGGAACUCAUUCCGAGAUUUUAUGUGGAAGCAUCCAUCCUGAAGUGUAACAGGUUCCUCUCUAAAACGGGAAUUUCCGAGUGCCUGCCUCGAUUAACAUGCAUGAUCAGAGGGAUCGGAGACCCGCUGGUGUCGGUGUACGCCCGCGCCUACCUGUGCCGGGUGGGAAUGGAAGUGGCUCCCCAUCUCAAGGAAAGCCUAAAUAAGAACUUUUUUGACUUCCUCCUUACAUUCAAACAGAUUCACGGGGACACGGUCCAGAACCAGCUGGUGGUCCAAGGAGUGGACCUCCCAUCUUACCUCCCCUUGUACUCGCCCGCCAUGGACUGGAUCUUCCAGUGCAUCUCCUACCACGCCCCUGAGGCUCUGCUGACCGAGAUGAUGGAGAGAUGUAAGAAACUAGGAAACAAUGCCUUGCUGUUGAAUUCUGUGAUGUCAGCCUUCCGGGCUGAGUUCAUCGCCACAAGGUCUAUGGAUUUCAUUGGCAUGAUCAAAGAGUGCGACGAAUCUGGUUUCCCCAAGCAUCUCCUUUUUCGGUCACUGGGAUUAAACUUGGCCUUGGCUGAUCCUCCUGAGAGUGAUCGGCUUCAGAUUCUCAAUGAAGCUUGGAAAGUUAUCACUAAAUUGAAGAACCCACAGGUCUCCUUUGGCCGUGAUUUUGAACAACAGCUGAGUUUUUAUGUGGAGUCCAGGUCAAUGUUCUGCAAUCUGGAACCUGUUCUUGUGCAGUUGAUUCACACAACUACCUUAACAUUUGUUUUUUGUUUUGUUUUGCAGCUUCAGUUAAUAAUUAAGAAAGUUAUUGCCCACUUCCAUGACUUCUCAGUUCUUUUCUCAGUGGAAAAAUUUCUGCCAUUUCUGGACAUGUUCCAAAAAGAGAGUGUGCGGGUGGAGGUUUGCAAAUGCAUCAUGGAAGCCUUUAUCAAGCAUCAGCAAGAGCCCACCAAGGACCCGGUCAUUUUGAAUGCCCUUUUACACGUUUGCAAGACAAUGCAUGACUCUGUGAAAUUCUUGCUAACGAGGACAUUCCAGUCCAGGGGAGGAGGGAGGCUGAGGCUUCAGUUAAUAAUUAAGAAAGUUAUUGCCCACUUCCAUGACUUCUCAGUUCUUUUCUCAGUGAAACGAGAGGUGAAUACGGUUUUGGCUGAUGUCAUCAAGCACAUGACUCCAGAUCGUGCAUUUGAAGAGUCCUACCCUCAGGACUACAUUAAUUGUGCCGAAGUGUGGGUGGAAUACACCUGCAAGCAUUUCACAAAACGAGAGGUGAAUACGGUUUUGGCUGAUGUCAUCAAGCACAUGACUCCAGAUCGCGCAUUUGAAGAGUCCUACCCUCAGGCCUGUGUUGCCUACUGCUUCAUCACCAUCCCCUCCCUGGCGGGAAUCUUCACACGUCUCAAUCUCUACCUGCAUUCCGGUCAGGUGGCCUUGGCCAACCAGUGCCUCUCCCAAGCUGAUGCUUUCUUCAAAGCCGCUAUAAGCCUUGUCCCAGAAGUCCCAAAGAUGAUCAAUAUCGAUGGAAAGAUGCGGCCAUCGGAAGCAUUCCUUAUGGAAUUCCUCUGCAAUUUCUUCUCUACUUUAUUAAUAGUUCCGGACCAUCCUGAACACGGGGUCCUGUUUCUGGUUCGAGAGCUUCUCAACGUGAUCCAAGACUACACCUGGGAGGACAACAGCGAUGAGAAGAUCCGCAUCUACACCUGCGUCUUGCACCUCCUUGCCGCCAUGAGCCAGGAGACCUUUCUCUACCACAUAGACAAAGUUGACUCCAACGACAGCCUCUACGGGGGAGACUCCAAGUUCCUGGCAGAAAACAACAAGCUGUGUGAGACAGUGAUGGCUCAGAUCCUAGAGCAUUUGAAAACCCUGGCCAAGGAUGAGGCCCUGAAGCGCCAGAGCCUGUUGGGACUUUCCUUCUUUAACAGCAUCUUGGCCCACGGGGACCUGCGCAACAACAAGCUUAACCAGCUUUCCGUCAACCUGUGGCACCUGGCGCAGAGGCAUGGCUGUGCGGAUACCAGGACCAUGGUGAAGACACUCGAAUACAUCAAGAAACGAAGCAAACAACCAGACAUGAAUCAUCUGACCGAGCUGGCCCUCAGACUCCCUCUGCAAACGAGGACCUGACCCCUGGGCCCAUCCUCAGGGUCAGGGACUCCGAUGCCAAGUCCAGAAAGAUCUGCUUUGCUGCCCUGAACUCUUAUUGGAAUUUAGGGUUUUUUAAAUUUUUACAUAUAUACAAAGUGGUUUAAGCUUUGGCCUCUACCCAGGUUAUUCUGACAGUGAAGAAGUGGGAAUUGUCAGAGCAUUCAAAUCAAACUUC